CUCCGGCGCAUGCGCAGUGCUGUCAGGUUGUAUUGGGAUUCGGCUGCUUCGCUGAGCGGUGCGUGUGUCCGACCCGGCAGCAGUGGGGCCCGCAGGUACCGGCACUGAGGCGUAUGGGCAGCAUAUACUUUUUCAUCUUUUCCACUUCCCUCCUCUGAUCCUGAUAGAAAGUCCAGCUUACACACCAGAGAGGAGACCCAGAGAUGAGAGUGGAGUGUGUAACCUGCUGCCCACUAUAAGGACUGUAUAAAGAGUUGGAUUACCCUACACCACCGGACCAUCAACAUGAGUUUUCUGUUCGCCGCUUGCAGACCGCAUACCCCGAAACCUUUCCAGAUCCUCCUUUUCUCCAUCACCUGGAUUUGCAGCUCGACGCGCACAUCCGUAGGGAGCCAGCCUCCUGGUUUAACUUUUUAUUUUGGGACUAAAACAAGGUAUGAAGAAGUCAACCCGUUUCUCCUGGAGAACCCUCUGCUGGUCACCGGGAAGCAGGACCUCCUGCCCAACAUGUGUACCCCCAUCAAAAUAGUAUCUGUAAUCCGGCACGGCACCAGGUACCCCACCCACAAGCAAAUCAAGAAGAUGAAGAAGAUGCACGACUUGAUAGUGCGGCAGGAGGGCAUCCGGUCGGAACUGGUGGAGGAACUGCAGCGGUGGGACAUGUGGUAUGAAGACUGGAUGGAUGGGCAGCUGGUGAAGAAAGGAGAGCAGGACAUGAGCAACCUGGCCUAUCGAUUGGCCUCCUUGUUCCCCUCGCUCUUCACAAAGGACAGAUUAAAGCAGAACAAUAUGACCUUCACAACAAGCUCAAAGCACAGAUGUGUGGACAGCACAAAAUCGUUCAUCAGCGGCCUCGUGCAUGACUAUUUUGGCUUCCCCCAGGCUCCUGAGAGUGAACUGAAAGACCUGCCUUAUAUGGAACCAGUCAUCAAUGACCAUUUGAUGCGUUUCUUCGAUCACUGCCCUAAAUUUCUGGCGGAGGUGGAAGACAAUGACACGGCGCUGCAUGAAGUGGAUAAGUUCAAACAAAGCCCAGAGAUGAGGAAAGUGAUUAACAAAAUCGCUACUCUCUUGGAUGUGCCGGAACUGGAUCUCUCAGCGGAUUUGAUCCAAAUGGCCUUUUUUAUCUGCUCCUUUGAACUGGCCAUUAAGAAUAUAACAGAUUCUCCUUGGUGCAACCUGUUUGAUCAAGAAGAUGCCAGGGUCCUAGAGUACCUCAAUGAUUUAAAACAGUACUGGAAGCGGGGACACGGGUAUGAUAUCAACAGCCGCUCCAGCUGUCACCUGUUUCAGCACAUCUUCCAACACUUAGAAGCGGCAGUCACAGAAAGCAAAAGCUCCCAGCAGGUCUCCAUGCCAGUGGUCAUGCAGUUUGGCCAUGCCGAGACCCUCUUGCCGCUGCUCGCUCUCUUGGGCCUGUUUAAGGACGAGACUCCCCUGACGGCAGAGAACUUCAUUAGCCAGAGUGAGCGUAAGUUCCGCAGUGGCCACAUCGUACCGUACGCCUCCAACCUGGCCUUUGUGCUGCACCGGUGCGACAUGGCCGAGACCCCCAGAGAGAGGUACCAGGUACAACUGCUGCUCAACGAACAGCUCCUUCACUUCCCACAUUCCCACAAUUCACUCUGCCUCUUUGACGAGAUGAAGGAGCAGUAUGGCCACCUCCUGGAUGGCUGCCAGAUCGCUAAGGAAUGUGCAAUAGUGAAAGCCAACCGCUCCUCGGAGGAUGAGCUUUAAAUAAUCAAACCGUGAGCGGGGGCGGAACAAGACCCCAGUGCAGUAAUGUGCCUGAGUUUCCAUAUUGGAGCUGGGCAGCCAUUGGUUCCUCUAGAUGUUUCUCAAACUUCAACUCCUUGUAACCAUGAUUGUUGUAGCCAAGCAACGGCUGGAGGUGCCACAAGUUACCCAUGCUUCCCUUAAAUAAUAGAGAUUUAUCUGGUAAUCCAUUUAAGAUAUUAUUCAAAAAAAGGGUAAUUUAAAGUGAUUUAUAUUAAUUUUAUAAAGAACAUAGCCGCUAUUAUUUCUUGCUAUAAAGUAGAAUUAUGUCUGCAUGCAGAUUUAUUUUGUUUCUCUAUUAAAAGCAGCUGAACUGCAGUUAUCUAAGCUACUUCCUUGUCUACCAAGAAGCACCACCCCUUUUGCUUUCUGAUCCCUCCUCCUCUCUCCAUCUAUGGAGACCUCAAAUAGGUGCCUAUUGGGCAUGCUCACUGCCUUUGCUCCAAUUAAAAUCAAUCAGGGAUGCACAGUAGGCACCUUUUUAAGAUCAUCAUGGUCAGAGAGGAAAGGAGUUAUCAGAGGGCAAAUGGGGCGGAGCUUCACGCUGAACAAGGAAGUAACAAAAAGAGCUGGAAUUGAGAAACAAAAUAAACAUGGAUGCAGGGAGAAAGGAAUGUUAUUCUGGGAGCUGCACUGAGUAAUUUUAAAGAUUUAAAAAGGUUUACUUUCUCUUUAAAAGAUUUAAGUUGGCAGUAAAAGAACCAAACCAAACCAUAUUCUAGGUGGCACCCAGGCAACAAUAGGCAAGUUUACAACAGUUACCUAUUGCUUAUUGGCUGCUGUGGAUAACUGUGCAACUGGGUCAGUUCAGCGUUAGUGUUUAGUCACACUCUCAGCUCAUUCUGACUUAAUGGUGUUUAAUAGUUGCAAGUCAGACACCGACCAACCCUUUCCAUUGUUUUCUGUGAGGUUGCACCUACAUUGCACUGGAAUCCCAGUUAUAUA